AACUAGAAACAGCAAUGAGAAUUACAUUAGCUUUAUUCCUUAUAUGCUACUACAGUAUAUAUAUCACUCAUGUUUCUCCCAAAUGUCUUGAGGAUCAACAAUCUUUGUUGCUCCAAUUAAAAAACAAUUUCACAUUUCUUGAUAAAAAACCAUUAUAUUCUCCAAUCAUCCAUCAAAUAAUUAGUCGUUCCACCAAACUAAAAAUGUGGAAUAAAACCACUGAUUGCUGUAAUUGGAGUGGUGUUACCUGUGACAAUGAGGGACAUGCUAUUGGUCUUGACCUUAGUGGAGAACAUAUCGUUGGUGGAUUUAACAAUUCAAGUAGUCUAUUUAGUCUCCAACAUCUCCAGAAACUGGACUUGUCUGAUAACUAUUUCAAUUCUUCCAUUCCAUCAGGAUUCAGCAAGUUGGAGAAGUUAACAUAUCUGAAUUUGUCAAUGGCCGGAUUUGUAGGGCGAAUUCCAGCAGUGAUUUCACAGCUUACAAGGUUGGUAACUCUUGAUCUCUCUUUCAUUUCCUACUCGACAAAACCUCAGAUCCCGAAUCUGCAAAAGUUUAUCCAAAAUCUGACCAAAAUUAGGAAAUUGUAUCUAGAUGAUAUAAGUAUAACAUCUCAAGGGCAUGAAUGGAGCAACGCUUUGUUGCCAUUGCAUGACUUGCAAGAAUUGAGCAUGUAUAACUGUGAUCUAUCAGGACCCCUUGAUUCUUCCCUAACAAAACUAGAGAACCUUUCAAUCAUUAUUCUUGAUGGUAACAAUUUUUCAUCCCCAAUUCCUAAAACAUUUGCAAAUUUUAAAAACCUUACCACCCUCAGUCUUUCAGAUUGUGGAUUGAUUGGAACAUUUCCACAAAAGAUCUUUCAAAUUAAAACACUGUCUAUUCUUGACAUAUCAUUCAACUUAUAUCUCCAGGGUUCAUUUCCAGAAUUUCCAUUAAAUGGAUCAAUCCAUACUUUGCUGGUAGGUUUCACAAGCUUCUCGGGAGAAAUUCCACGCACUAUUGGUAACCUGAGAAACUUAUUUGAAUUGGAUCUUUAUUAUUGUCAAUUUUAUGGAACACUUCCGAGUUCAAUGUCAAACCUCACACACCUUACCUUCCUACAACUUUCUCAUAAUCAUUUAAAUGGUAUAGUUCCCUCAUUCCUUUUUUCUAUCCCAUCCUUGGAAGAGAUUUGGCUUCCAUUCAACCAGUUUAGUAAAUUUGACGAAUCCAUAAAUGUGUCUUCCUCUAUAUUAAAAAUCCUUGAUUUAAGUUAUAAUUAUCUAUCAGGGCCUUUUCCAAUGUCCAUCUCUCAGCUCCAUUCACUUAAUAACCUUGAUAUUUCUUCUAAUAGGUUGAAUGAUUCACUACAACUAGAUGCGAUUUUGGAACUUUCAAAUUUAAUUGAACUAGACCUUUCACACAACAGCAUAUCAAUCAAUGUGAACGUUACAAAUGUUGGUCAUGUUUUCCUUCCUAAUAUUAGAUAUAUUAAUUUUGCAUCCUGCAAUUUGAAAACUUUCCCUAACUUCUUGCUAAAUCAAUCAACAUUAUUCAGUCUUGACCUUUCAGAUAACCAAAUUCAAGGAAAAAUACCAAACUGGAUUUGGGAGCUACAAUAUCUUAAAAUCUUUAAUAUUUCUCACAAUCUUCUGACUGAUUUGGAAGCACCUAGACAAAAUCUCAUUUCCAACUUGAGACUUCUUGAUAUUUCCUUCAACUACAUUUAUGGAACAAUUUCUCCAUCUUUAAUCGCAAUGACUAGUACCCUUAUGGCAAUAAAUUUAAUGAAUAACAAUUUCAAUGGUGUUAUACCAGAUAUGUUUCCAACUUCUUGUGCCUUAAGAACUUUGAACUUCCAUGGAAAUCUAUUACAUGGGCCAAUUCCGCAUUCUCUCUCUCACUGCUCAUCAAUAGCGGUAUUAGACAUUGGAUCAAAUCAAAUUUUUGGUGGCUUUCCAUGCUUUUUGAAAAACUUAAUGACACUUCUUGUCUUGGUUUUGCGGAACAACAGAUUGCAUGGUUCCAUAGAAUGUUCACAUUCACUCGAAAAUAAGCCUUGGAAAACUAUUCAAAUUGUGGACAUUGCUUUCAAUAAUUUCAACGGAAAACUACCAGAAAAAUUCUUCACAACGUGGGAAAAAAUGAUGCAUGAUGAAGAUCAUGUUGUAUCAGGAUUCAUUCAUUCAGGGACAAUAUACUAUUCCUAUCAGGAUAGUGUGACAGUUUCUAUUAAAGGUCAACAAGUGAAGUUGGUUAAAAUUCUAAGUAUAUUCACAACCAUUGAUUUCUCAUCCAAUUAUUUUGAAGGACCAAUACCAGAGGUGUUGAUGGACUUCAAAGCAAUCCAUGUUCUCAACUUCUCAAACAAUGCUCUCUCUGGUGAAAUUCCACCAACUAUUGGGAACCUAAAACAGUUAGAGUCAUUGGACCUCUCAAAUAAUUCUUUGGUUGGUGAAAUUCCAACACAGAUUGCAAGUUUGUCCUUCCUUUCUUGUUUGAACCUCUCCUAUAAUCAUUUGGUGGGGAAGAUUCCAACAGGUACCCAACUUCAGUCAUUUGAAGCAUCUUCGUUUGAAGGAAAUGAUGGCCUAUAUGGUCUUCCAUUGACUAAAAAACUAGACUAUUGGCCAGACUUGCCUCCACAGCCAUCAUCUGGAAGGUUAGCUAGUUCAAUUGACUGGAAUUUUUUAAGUGUGGAGUUGGGAAUUGUUUUUGGGCUCGGAAUCAUCAUUGGUCCUAUCAUGUUUUGGAAGCAAUGGAGGGUAAGAUAUUGGAAAUUUGUGGACAAAAUUCUUUGUUGGCUCUUUUCAAGGAUAUAUCUUGAAUAUACAACCGAUAGAGGAAAAGCAUACACAGUUUUAAGGUGGCGAUAUCAUUGAUGUAAUUUGUAAAUAAGGUCCCCUAGUUUCAUUUAUGUUGUUUAUUGUGUGAACUUCUUUUUCAUGAUAUGUAUUGGAAAUUUGGAACUUUGAAGGAUGUGUCUUUUUAGUACUAUAUAUAUUGUUAAUUAAGCUUAAUUAUUUUUACACAUAACCAACUGUUGCAGAUUCUCUAAUUCCUUUGUUCUCUUUCUGUGUUUUUUUG